AACUGAUCGGUGAUAGGUUAGGUUAAAACGGGAGGAGAGACACAGUUGAGACACUACGUUUUACAGUAAUUGGGAGAAACAAAACAACCUGUUGACACAGAGAAUACUGAGUUGCCACCGGGAUAGGACCAGCAUGGAUGUUACCGGAGAUGCAAACACUGCCUUCGGUAACAUUACAUCCCAGGUCUUCUUAACGUUCUUGCAACAAAAAGGUUGUCAAAACGUUGAACUGGAACAGGAACUGUCAGACUUGGAAAGGAAGCUGAAACAUGUUCAAGAUAUCAACUGCAACAGUGUCGGGUUAGCGUGUACCUACGGCGCACCUAACAGAGAAGUUUACAGUGGGGAUGACGAUGAACUCCAAACAGACGGACACUCGCCUUCCGUUCACUUUCAGCAUCUUUUGCAAAACCACCAUCCCAACGUGCACGCGCCACCACCAGCGGUUCCAAUCCCUGAUCCUGCUCUGAGAGGCGUGGCCCUAGAGUUGAUAGAAAUUGCAGACCAGUUGGAGAACAGCGUGAUGGCCCGUGCCACAGACAACCUCUUAAGAUCUCUGCAGAACUCUAACUCACUGCAAUGGAGCAAGCACCUGGCACAGGCGGUUGAGAAUGUUCACGGAGCUCUGCAGCGGAGUCGCGGUCUGGAUGAUCUCCCUCAGGAGCGUCUGCUUAUGGCCCUCUCCCUCUCACUCAUCAAGGGGGUGUGCGAGCGCACCCCUCGUUUCCUUUGUGACCUCUUCCGCAUCUGGCAGCAGCAGGACCACCACCUCAGGUGACCCCCCUCAACCCCCAAACCCACACCCACCUCUGGUCAAGGAAUGCAAUUUGCAUUGGAUGCCAUCUUCACUCAGCAGGAGUGAGGAGAUUUGGUCUGAAACUAGAGAGCUAACUGCCUGAAAGGCCGGCAUAAACCUUUCAAACACCACCAAUAGCCCCACAGGCACACCUCCAUGAAGCUGGCCACCCAUGUCAUCAAAUUUUUUUUUUUGUUUGUGCUGGUUUGUGCCAUAAAAACAUUGUGCUGUUACGCCCCCUGUUCAGACCCCCCCCCCCCCCCGACACACACACACACACACACACACACACACACGUUAAAACACAAGAGGGAAAACAUUGAAAUAAGAACACUACCACCAAACCUACAGACAUGAACAUCUGUCACUACAAACUGUCGGAGUACUUCCCAUAACAAGCACAACACGGAAGUACAGGCAAUCACACAAACAUCACUCCCAUUACAAGCCACAAUAUUACUGUGAUGUGAAUGUAACAUUGACAUGAGGUGAAUGGUAACAUGUGAGGUAAAUGUAAUCAGCACAUUGGUGUUGUUGUUGUUGUUGUUAUAAUUCAUCAAUAAUGUUGAUGAAUGAAUGGCUAAUAAAAAAAAAGGUAAAAUUGAGUUCUUUGGACAUAUACCCCGAAUGUAUUAAGUCAACAGAGCUUUAACCUUAACAAGACUUCUAAGACUUCAACUAUCUCCUUAUACCGUGUCAACAUGUGAGGAGUAGAUGUCGUCUCCUUACCAAUACUAGUACACCUGGACAGCAGGCUUGACUGAGCCAUGUAGAUGUGGAGUUAUCCUUGAAAACUGAAAAACUUUUAAGAUCACAAUGACCACAAUCAUUUAUAUUUGAUGUCGGAAGACACAGGAAGAGAUGUUGAUUCAGUUUUAUAUCACUGAAAUAUGAUCUUCAUAGUACUUAUGGGUAGUGUAGCACUGAUACCCAAGGAGGGCAGGCUGUCGUAGACAUUCCUCCACAGUCACCUGACCUCACCUGAGCAUUUAUGGGGGCACCUGAGGACUGAGAAAGCCAAGUAUUCCAUGGCAUAUACCAGGGGUCAUCAGGUUUGCACAGACUUGUGGAGCUUGAAUGCAUGUUGUCAUUAAAGCAAAAAGGGGGGCAUACCAAACACAAAGAUUCAACUUUUCACUUAAAUUGUUAACCUAUUAUCAUUUAUACAUUUUUUUUUUAAAUAAUGGCAUUACUGGUGGUCUCAGACUUUUGGACCCCACUGUAUUUGUGCAUAAAAUUCUUCGAAACAAUUAGCAAAAUGUACAAAUAACAAUCUUCAGGUCAUAAACACAGAAAAUGUUGACUAGAUGGGCUCUUAAAUUAGCUCGGCUGUGUGCAGUAGUAGAGAAGAGCAUUGUAUAUGAAAGGCAUAACAUGAGAUUGAAACUUCCAAGGUGCUCGACAGAGCAACCAAGGAGGCCAUCUUGGCUCCUCCCCAUUUUGUUGCAAUACUGACCUUAGCACAAAUGCACAACAAUACUUGUAUUAAUUUUCGGAUGAUGUGGGGGACCAGCUUCACGGAGGCCAUUAGCACUUAUAAACGCUUGCUAUCAUGCAUACUGGUGUCUUUUGUCGACAUAGUUGGCAAUGUGCUGUGCAAGCUUUUUUUUCAUUAUCAUGGGGUGUUCCGGCCCAGAACACAGAACUGCAUGGAUAGCUAGUGGGAACAACAUAUGUGUUUAUCUGUCCUUCGAAUGACCAUAUACCAGCAAAAGAUGAUACUAAAACUAGUUGCUUUAUACAAGCAUACCUCAAAAAGUGGCACAUUGUUGCAGUGUUGCUUUAGACUACUAUAGCUCGACAUUACUGUUAUUAUUUACCAUAAAACUGUGGUACAAUUAUAACAUUUUACAGUUUGUUUUGAAACGGGGUCGGUAUGAUUGGUUAUGGUUGUAUUCUCAUCCGUCUCAAAUAACUUUAUAUUUUUUUAUAUUUAGUCACUUUUUCUUCGUCUUUCUCGGCAGGGAUUGACCACUGCCCGUAAACAUCAGUUCCUGCAUCUGAAACUGAACCUAUUCUUCCUAUUGUUUCAAGAAAAAUUAACAUUGAGAACUGUGAAAAAUAAACUUUUUUUACCAUUUCA